CCAAUAUGGACGACGUCGAACUAGUUUCUCUUCCUACAUCGAGCAGAUAGUUGGGAAACCCAGUUUAUUACAAUAUCGUGUGACAUUCAGAUCAUAAACAAUAGAAUUGCCAUGGGCAUCCAAGGAAAUUGCUUUUGUGAACCUCAAACUUGAAAAACAAAACACAAAAGAUAUUAUUAGACUCACGAUAAAUAAGACAUGGUAUGAUUGUAACAUUUUGGAUAGUGCAUAGCAUUGUCACAAGUGCAAUACAACAUAACGGACUGCUGAAACAAGUACUGCAGUCAUUGGUGUGGAAGAUGGGAGCAUGUAUUUGUAAAGAUAAGACCAACACUAUAGACAACCGAAGGGGGAGCAAUGUCGUGUCAAGUCUCAUGUCUUCGGAGACAAGUACUAGGGGACAGCAGUCAGUGCAGACAGAUGCAAGAAUUGGCACCCACGUGUCAACAUCCUCAGGAGGUUGGAGAGAAGUGAAAACGGUGGAUGCACUUGUGCUGGAAACUCUCUCAGUGAUCCGUUCUCUGGUGGAUAAUGAGAGGGAGCCACCUCAGGCUAUGCUGUACCUACAGGAAGUGUCUGAGUCACAGAGUGGAUGGUUACAGAUGGUCAAUUCUCUCAUCCACUCAAUACCUAUAGAGGAUCCCUUGGGCCCAGCUGUAGUUACUCUGCUCUUGGACGAAUGUCCUCUCCCAACUAAGGAAACGACAUUGGUUUUAUGUGAAAAAAUGAACUUAAACAACGAAGAACAAGGGGCCAAAAACCAAAAGAAAUUUUGUCAGAUACCUAGAAACAUUGGAGUUGUCCUUGGUUGUUUAGCAGAAAAGUUAGCAGGACCAAACAGUAUUGCCCUUUUGACACCUCGCGUGUUGGAGUACCUACUUAGGAAUCUAGAAAUGUCACUACCUCCUGUAGUUAUACUUCAUUCCUUGGUAGCUUUGGAGAAGUUCGCACAGACCAGUGAAAACAAAGCGACAAUUAACCGAGCGUUACAGAGAAACUCCCCAAAUCAAAUUGAGGACUUGGAGAAAUGGUGGCAAAACUCUGACUACCAGAAGCGUGAGGUGGGAUUCUGUGCCAAAUGGUGCCUUGAUAAUCUCUUCAUCACGGAGGGUCACAAAUUUUCCCACGAAGCUGAGGAUUUGAGUGCUGUUAAUGUGAUGUUAAAUAGUAAUGAUGUCAGCGAAUACCUCAAGAUUUCCCCAGACGGCACAGAGGCGAGGAGUGAUGCUUCGUCCUUCGAGAGUGUGCGCUGUACCUUCCAGGUGGACUCCGGGAUCUGGUACUACGAGGUUACAAUAAUAACAGAUGGUGUGAUGCAGAUUGGCUGGGCUACUAAAGACAGCAGCUUUCUCAACCAUGAAGGAUAUGGUAUCGGAGAUGAUGAGUACUCUAUGGCGUAUGAUGGCUGUCGACAGCUGAUCUGGUACAACGCUGACAGCAAACCUCAUGAGCACAAGAGCUGGAAACCAGGAGACACGAUUGGUCUACUUCUGAACCUGGAGGACAAGGAACUGAAGUUUUCCCUGAAUGGACAAUGCCUCUCCCCGCACAAGGACCUGUUUGAUCAUGCAAAGGGAGGGUUUUUUGCUGCUGCCAGUUUUAUGUCCUACCAACAAUGUGAAUUCAACUUUGGUGCCAGUAAGCCUUACAAGUACCCACCAAAGGAUGUCCAGUUCAAGAGAUUUAAUGACUAUGCUUCUCUGUCAGACGAGGACAAAAUUAUUUUACCAAGGCAUAAAAAGUUAGAAUUACUAAAGAGUCUGAAAGUUCAAGAGGACUCCUGCACGCUUUGUUUUGACAACAAAGCCACCCAUUGUCUGCUACCUUGUAACCACAAGGGUUUCUGCUACAAAUGUUCCAUACAGUUAGAAAUUUGUCCGAUAUGUCGGUGCCAGAUCGCGGAGCGGGUCAACUCAUGUGAUAAUGAUGACAGAGACAUUGUAAAACUCAACCCGACAGCUUCAAAGAAGCGAAAACACAAAAAAAGCUGAUAUCUGUUUAGCCAUAUAUGACUGUCUGCUACACAAAUCUGUUUAGCCUUAUAUGACUGUCUGCUACACAAAUCUGUUUAGCCUUAUAUGACCGUCUGCUACACAAAUAUGUUUAUAAUUUCAUGACUGUCUGCUACACAAAUCUAUUUAGCUAUAUAUGACUGUCUGUUUAGCCAUAUAUGACCGUCUGCUACACAAAUCUGUUUAGCCAUAGAUGACCGUCUGCUACACAAAUCUGUUUAGCCAUACAUGACCGUCUGCUACACAAAUCUGUUAAGCCAUACAUAACCGUCUGCUACACAAAUCUGUUUAGCCAUACUUGACCGUCUGCUACACAGACAAACAAUAUAAGUUUGAUACAAAACAUUUUAAACAUUUUAUAUAAUAAUGAACCACAUUCACUUUAAAUGAAGUGAAACAUGUCAUAGACUUUUUAUGAAUGUUAUCAACCAAUGUUAAAGAAUUGUUUUAUUUCUGUUGAUGUCUGUAGUGAAUUAUUGGAGAAUUUUGUAUGAUUUUUGUAUUGAACAGUGUUAAAGCUAUAUGUACUAUUACUGUUGAACAGUGAUAAAGCUGUGUGCACUAUUACUGUUGAACAGUGAUAAAGCUGUGUGUACUAUUACUGUUGAACAGUGUUAAAGCUAUAUGUACUAUUACUGCUGAACAGUGAUAAAGCUGUGUGCAUUAUUACUGUUGAACAGUGAUAAAGCUGUGUGCACUAUUACUGUUGAACAGUGAUAAAAAAAUUACAAAUCACAUUUAGUUUCCAUUCUUUAUUUUAAUCUUUGAACGGCAUUGAUUUUUCAUCAUGUGAAGAAGUGGGGUUCAGUUUUCACGGUGAUCAGGUCACAUUUACCCUUACACAAGUAUAUUGGAACAUAGAUUAUUGAAUUGAUAAAAGGUUAUUCUACAUUUCAUACCUUCCUAACUGCUUAAAGUGACACAAAGUUAUCCCCCCUGAUACCAUUGUUGGCCUUGUAAUGGAAUUCACUGUCUAGUUAUAUCGCCUUCUGUUUUUUGGUUUUUGUUUUCAUAAAUGCCAGGUUAACUAUUUUCUAUGGAGAUAUCGCAGGUAGGGACGUUUGCCAAACUAUUGAGCUGUUAACCCCAAAUAUUGUCCAGAUUGGUUAUUUCUAUCAAUAAUAUGAUGUACAUUGUCUACUCACUACAGGUACGAUAAUACAUGUGUGCACACUGUCUACUCACUACAGGUAUGAUAAUACAUGUGUGUACACUGUCUACUCACUACAGGUACCACAAUACAUGUGUGUAUUAUGUCGGCUAAAAUAUUUCACAAUAAAUGUUAUACACAUACAGGUUUCUCACAAUGUUUACAGGUAAACUUCUUACACUGAGUGGGAGGAAGGUUGAUGUUGAGAAAAUUCCUCAUUGAAAUCCCUCACUACUGAGUGUAUAUAGUUCUCACAGGAAACAUUAAGUUACCAUCAAAGUGACGAUGUCUCAAUCUUUUUCCAUUUUAUACUGUAUUUUUUUUAACAUAAACAAAAUUACUCAGACCUUUAUUUUAACCUUUCUCAAAUAAAAGUUAGUCAAUUAAGAAAAAAUCUAUAGAAGUGCUAUGUAGUGUUUGCUCCUAGUAAUACAUGUGUAUACAGCUGUACAGGGUAACCCUCAUCAAAUCAAGGGAAUUCAUCAUUGUUUCCAAAAUCAUGAGUUUUUAGUAAAUGCCUUUCCUAUCGACAUGUGUAAUCUUCUGUUCACCAGAAUUAACUUGUUCCUUUACUUUUACAUGUAAUACAAUAUUGUAAUCUCAACCUAAAGCCUGUUGAACCUGUAAAAUUGAAUACAGGCCUAGCUUUUGUGUGCCAGGACCAACAGAGUGACAACAUCUGACAACAUUGUCUAUCUCUUUACCGUAGAUAGAACAAGACAAGUCCUGGUGUUGGGGAGUUGAUCAUUGCCGUGUGAGUUAUUGGCAUGAGACUAAAACACCACUUUGUUCUGUGAUAUCUGGCUAGUUUUCCUGUCAUUCAUGUGUGGGUCUAUCUUCUACUUUAUUGGCAGAUAUAUUUUCCACAGAAAAGUAAUUCCGGUGAUGAUCCUGUAUUAAAGGACAUAAUUUGUGUGCAAAAUUUCUGCCCAAAAAAACCCCAUGAAACCUUGAAAGUAUACUUUACAUUAUAACCAAAAAAGGUUUUAAAAUCUUUUUGAGAUAAUUUUUGAAUUUCAAAACUCCACCUCAAUUUACAUUAUAUAAUCAUUAUCUAGAUUUCAAUUUCAAAUAUUUGUUUGUUUACCUUAAUUAGAUGGUGUGUUUGGUUUGUAUGGAGGAGAGUAACUAUAUUUUGUUAAAGGCUGUGAUUAUUUAUUAUGUGUUGAUAAUUAUGUGUUUUCUGUGUUAAUUAAGUUUAUUCUUUAUUGCAGUGCUUAAUUAUGGAAAGGUCAAUCAAAUCUGUCAGUGUGAAAAGCUUUAAUCACCAAAAACAGCAAUCUUAGCUUCUCUGUCUAUUUUUAUAUUUUAGUAGUAAUUAUAUUUGAGCACUUUUGUGCACUAGUUUAUUUACAGGACUAAUAUCAAAUUGUCAUUUAAAGUUCAUCUUCAUUUAUAAUAUAAACAUGUGUGGGGUUCUCUAUAUACUGUAUAACUCAAUCACCAGUGAAAUAAAAUAUACAGGUACCGUAUAAAUCCUAAUAACCAUGCCAUGUUUAAAUACAUCUGUGGCUUACACCUAUCCCCAAAAACAAGUCCUAUAACAAAAUAUAAGAGUUGUAAUUGUUAUGUUUUUUUAUGCAUUGUUUAAAUCAAACAGUAAAAAUCAACAGUGUGAACCUUAGCGGGACAUAAUUUGGCUGUUCCCACUUACUUGAUUACUACAUUGAGCUAAAUAUUCUCUUCGUUAAAGAUAUGUGUCCUGGUAUAUCUAUGAGUUGCUCCCCUCCCUCCCUCCCUUCCAGCUGUUGUUUAAGUCCUGCUGUUAUGCCCCUGGUGUACUUAUUAGGAUAUAUACAGUAUUUAACUGACAAUGUUGUUACAAGGCUAUGAAUGUAUGAUGUAGAAUGUAUAACUUACUUGUGCCAACGAAAGGUUGAAUGUUUUUAUACGUAUGUCUAAGACAAUUUUCAUUUAGCAAGGGAGACAAUUCAAUUAAAUGUACAGUGGAAUGCUUUUUAUCGGGAAAACUUAGGGGCAUUCGGACAUGUGAUUUAAAUGUGGCCAGUAGAUUUGAUUUGUUUGAUGGUGUGUUUUCAGUCCAGUCGCAUGUAUGAACGGAGUAAUCUUACAUGGUCAAGUAAAAAUAAUUAAUACGCCAAAUUGCACAUGUCCUUAGGUCUUUAUUUAUGUCCCCAGUUAAGUAUUUAUCUGCAAAAUUCCAAUGUUAUCAACAGUUUUUGUCGUUAAUUACUGUUGUUUUGUUUUUUAAAGAACUUGCAUGUUAUAGUAACUGAAGUGUCUUGAAAACUUUGUUGGCAUUAUUUAUAUAAGAUGUGGAUUUAUUAGGUUGCCUUACCAGCGUCAGCUGUAGGGAAUUUCCCUUUAGCUUAGCGGUAGAGCAUCUGGCUGGAGAGCCAAGGGUUGUGGGUUUGAGCCCCAGUGAUGGCACUAUCUUUAUUACUUUUCCUCGUCCUAUUACAUAUAUAUAAUACUAUAUUACUUGUGGCAUCCAAAAUAUACAAAACUGGCAUAAAUGAGUUUGUUAACUUUUACAUUGAUAACAUUGCUACAUGGUAUUUGUGAUAAACAUUGGUAGACAGCAUUCUACUGUACUGAUGUUUUAGUGGAAACUAGUAAACUGAUUUACAUACCUAGGUAUAUAACGUUUGUCAGGGUUUCCUGAAUCUUAAACUCACCCCUGAAGACACAUUUGAACUCUGCCAAUUUAAAGGUUGGAAUAGUUCAUUAUGCAAUUCCAUGGGUAAGAGAGUUAACUGUUUAUAUGACACACACAUUUCUGGCACAUUCUGAACAAUCUAUAGAAUAACCUAUCACUCUACACUUGCCCGGUAAUUGAUGUGAACGAAUGGCAGUUCAAUGAACUCCAUGAUUAAAUUGUCUGUCAUCUUUUGUAACUGAUUCAGUUUUGGCAGUCUGUUGUGUGUAUGGCAGUAUUACAAUGGGAGUUAGCAUUACCCAUCAGUAAACUCUUGAUAUCGGGCUCAAAGUAACGCACCAUAUUGACAACUAAAGGGAAAUAACUCCUUACUUAAUUUGCUUCUAAAAUUUUGUACAUUCUUUUUUAGGUGACCUGAGCUUUGCUCAAGUGACCUAUUCCAAUCGCUAUUCCGUGGUCCGUCGUCUGUCGUGCGUAAACUUUUACA